AAUCAUACAAUGAGUUGGUUGGCGUUUCUCGGUCUUUCUGUAAUACUUUAUUAUAUCGUAUAUGUGUUCCUGUGGAUUGUGUGCGAUGGAAAUGUUUGGCUUAUCUACAAAGAGCACUUUGGUAAACCUAUAGCGGAAUUAAGAAAAAAUAUCGUUUGGAUCACAGGUGCCUCUAGUGGCAUUGGACGUGCACUGGCCUUACAAUUAGCACAAGAAGGUGCACUACUUAUUUUAUCAGCAAGAAGAGAGAAGGAAUUGGAGGAGGUGAAAGCCGAAUGCAUCAGGAAGUCAAAUGGAAAGUUACAUGAAAAAGAUGUAUUUGUCAUGCCAAUGGAUAUGUUAAAAAUUGAAGAUCAUCAGAAAUGUUUGGAUCGCGUACUCGAAAAAUUCGGACGUCUUGAUAUUUUAGUAAAUAAUGCUGGUCGUUCGCAACGUGCUAACUGGGAAGAUAUCGAGCUUAAAGUUGAUCGUGAAUUAUUUGAAUUGGAUGUGUUCUCGGUGGUUCAUUUGUCGCGUGUAGUUGUGCGUUAUUUUUUGAAACGUGAUUUGAAUGCUCGCGGUCAUAUCGCAGUCACAUCAAGUGUAGCCGGCUUUGCAAUAGCGCCAUUCUCUGCAAGCUAUUGUGCUGCUAAACAUGCUGUUAAUGCAUAUAUGAACGCUUUGCGUGUUGAACAUCGGAAUAUUGAUGUCACCAUUUUUUCACCAGGCGCAAUUGCUACAGAUUUUCUACAGGAAGCUUUCACCGCUGUUGCAAAUAAAAAAGCCAGCAUGAGCACUAAAAAUCAGAAACGUAUGACCGCCGAACGUUGUGGUAAAUUGUUUGCUGUGGCUUUGGCAAAUAAAAUGAUGUUUGUAUGGUGUGGUUUAUUUCCUUUGAACUUAAUGGCGUAUGUAGCACGUUCUCCAUUGCUGAUGUAUAUUGGAAGUUGGUUCUUGAAUGAGAAGACACUGAAUAAGAUGCGAGAAGGUAAAUAGACUUUUACCGUCGCAUCAGUAAUUGCGUCCACAAAAUCUGAAAUUUUGGCUUAACUUUCAAACUAUCUAUAUGUAUAUACAUUUAAA